AAACGCGAAGUGAUUGCUGGAAUAAGGUCGGGUUCCUCGCCAACACAAACAGAGGUCAAAAAUGGUGGUAAGAAUUCGAUUAUCAAGGUUUGGGUGCAAGAACAAGCCAUUUUAUCGGGUCAUGGCUGCGGAUAGCAGAUCCCCAAGAGAUGGCAAACACCUCGAAGUUUUAGGCUACUACAAUCCCUUACCAGGGCAGGAUAAUGCAAAAAGAAUGGGUCUAAACUUUGAAAGAGUAAAGUAUUGGCUUUCUGUUGGAGCCCAACCUUCAGAGCCGGUACAGCGUCUUCUAUUCCGAGCAGGGUUAUUGCCUCCACCACCAAUGGUGGCUAUGGGGCGUAAAGGUGGACCACGUGAUACUCGCCCUGUGGAUGCUCUAACUGGGCGUAUCUUGAAUCAAGAGAAGCCGGUUAAAGAUGACAACGAUAACGAUGAUGGUGAAGAUGACACUCCCACUCCAUAAAACAUUAUUGCGUUGUUUUAAGGGUGUCUUUUUCUAAUUCUGUUGACCCUUCUAGGUAUGUCACCAGAAUCUGUAUUUUCAAUCGGCUUAGCAGUUAAUUGAAGAGAAUAAUUGCUAUUUGUUUUUUGAAAGUGCCUAUUAAGAAGGGGUUGUGAAUGUGUAAUGUGUAAUCUAGAGCCAUAGGAAGAAUCUGAUGGCAUUUCUACCUUGUCAAAUAUGAAUCUUGAUUUCUGGAAGGGAAUUGGUGGUUAAUCUUGGUGAUGAAAUGCCUGUUAUUUUUGUACUUUGGAACUUUUAAUUGGGCAGAAGUGAAAGUAGCUGAUUAGCACUUAUAUUUUGAAUAUAUUCCUCUGCCCCAUCAAA